AUGGAGGUGAGCUGCGGAGACCCUCGUCCGCCCCCUCACCCCCCAGGCCUGAGGGAGGGACUUGAGCCGAAAGUCGCGUUCCGUGGAGGUGCGAAUCGCUGCUGGAACCUCAGUGCGGACGCCAGCAGUCGACUAACAGAUGUCUUCAACAGCGUGAUGCUGACGGGCUCCCCUUCCUUCUAUGAUUGCUACAAAUCGCAGAAUGAAGAUAGUGUUGACCUAAGGCAGACCUAUGCUCCACUUUCUUCAUCAACGGAAUAUGCAAGUUCUGUAGAUUCUUCACUUUUCUAUGCACCAUGGUCUACAUAUGGAGAUGAUAUUAAACAGCCCUCUAAUUCUCAGAUCAAUGUAAAGAACAGGAUUCAAACAGAAAGAAAUGACUAUGGUAGUGAAACAGACUUAUAUGGACUUGUGUCUAACAUUUUGGAAGAACAAGAUAAAUCACAGCCAUACUUUGCUGAGGGGACCUGUUCCUCCAGUUUAAAGUCAGUAUGGCCAAUGAACACAAGCAGGUUUGCAGAUCACCAUGACCUCUUAACAGAAACCAAAAGGCCAGUAGAUACAGCCAUCUCUCAGCAAGCUUUUUAUACCGGUGAAUCUGUGUCAGCAGUGGAAAAGCAGUACCUACAUAACAGUAAUCUCAUACCACAACAAAAAAUAGAUGAACUUUAUCAUGGAUUUACUGGUUUAGACCUUGAAGAACAAUGGAUGUACCCCUCACGAAAUGAUCAUUCUAACUGUUACAGUAUUCAGCCAAAUGAUACAGCUAAGACAGCAUUUCAAGAAUAUCCAUUUAUCAAAAAUUGUUUUACAUCACAAACUGGUCUGUCUGAUGUCAUGAAAGAAUCUGGAGUUGAUACUUACUCUUAUGGAAGAGAGAAAAUAUGUGCUAAAGGUCUGGAAGCACCAUUACAGCAAAAGAGGGCAGAGAUAUUUCUUUCCCAAUUUAAUAGGUACAGUGAAAAUCCAGAUUAUUAUAGAUAUCCAGAAUAUGCUCACCCUAAUAAGGCUAAGCUGAGUAAGUGUUCGAAUUUUAGUGUCCAAGAUAGUAAAAAAUUAGCUAGUGCCACACCUGAAACACCAACUGUAGAAGCAGACACCUACACAAAGUUAUUUCAGGUAAAACCAGCAAACCAGAAAAAAAUGGAGGAGACAAUACCUGACCAGCAGAAUUUCACAUUUCCAAAAACUACACCACAUCUGACAGAAAAACAGUUUGGAAAGGAAGCAGCAUUUACUGCUGAUUUUGGCUUAAAAUCAGAAUAUGGACUAAAACCUCAUACAGCUUGUUCAGCUAAUAAUGAUUUUGCUAAUGUCACAGAAAAACAGCAGUUUACUAAACCUGACCCCCCAAAUUCUGAGUAUUUUAAAUCAGUGAAUUUACUAGCAAAUUCAGCAACAUCUUCAGGAGGUAUCAACUUAAACAGACCAACAUGGAUGAAUGUGCAAACAAAAAAUAACACUCCUAUUCUUUAUCGAAAUCAAGGUAACUUGAUGAAAUUAAAUUCUCAUUUAACUGUAGCUUCAAAAGGUUCUAACCAUUCUUCAGAUUUCCCCCAACUAUCAUCUACAAGUUUAACCCCAAAUAGCAAUUUAUUUCAGAAGUAUUGCCAAGAAAACCCUUCAGCAUUUUCUAGUUUUGAUUUUGGUUACAAUGGUGCAGAAAGAAUCCAAUCUGUCAAUCACAUGGAAGGACUGACAAAGACUGGAGAAGAAAAUCUCUUUGAAUCUGUUACUGAUAAAAAAAUAAAGCAGCCAAAUGGAUUUUGCGAUAACUAUUCAGCUCAGCAGUAUGGGAUCAUUGAAAAUGUAAACAAACAUAAUUUUCAAGCUAAGCCCCAAAGUGGACAUUAUGAUCCUGAGGAAGGGCCAAAGCAUUUAGAUGGCUUAUCUCAAAAUACAUACCAAGAUCUGUUGGAGUCACAGGGUCAUUUUAAUAGCCACAGACAGGGAAGUGGAGACAACAAUAUUAAUAGCCGUGUGAAUCGCACACAGGCAUCAUGCUUUUCUAAUAAUUAUAUGAUGGGAGAUUUAAGGCAUAAUCAGAGUUUUCAACAACUUGGUUCAAGUGGGUUUCCACUAAGAUCCACUCAUCCAUUUGGCCAUUCAGUUGUUCCACUGUUGGAUUCGUAUGAUUUGUUUUCUUAUGACGACUUAAGCCAUUUAUACCCAUAUUUUAAUGAUAUGAUGUAUGGUGAUAAUUCCUUUUCUGGUUUCGUGCCAACUUUUGGAUUUCAAAGACCAAUUAAAACCCGCAGUGGACCAGCCAGUGAACUUCAUAUUCGUCUAGAAGAGUGCUAUGAACAAUGGAGAGCAUUAGAAAAGGAGAGAAAAAAGACUGAAUUGGCCCUUGCGAAGAAUUAUCCAGGGAAAAAAGUAUCCAGUACUAAUAAUACUCCAAUUCCACGGCUGACCUCCAAUCCAUCUAGAGUUGAUCGGUUAAUUGUGGAUGAACUUCGAGAACAAGCCAGAGUUGUGACUCUACUGGGCAAAAUGGAACGUCUUCGAAGCUCUCCCCUUCAUGCCAAUAUCUCUACAGCUCUUGAUAGACACUUGGAGUCCAUUCACAUUGUACAGUCACGUAGAAAGGAUGAAAUUGUUAAUGCUUCAAAUCGGCAAAGGCAAGGAGUUCCUAGAUGCCAAGAUGACAGAGAUGUUUUUGCACUUGCUUCAGCAAUUAAAGAGAUGUGUGUAGCUACUCGGAAAGCACGUACUACCCUGUGGUGUGCACUGCAGAUGACCUUGCCAAAAACAGCCAGUACAGCUGGCCAAACAGAUGUAGAAAAGGCUUUACAAGAUAUAGUAAACUGUGAAGAUAAAGUCCAUGAAAGCCUAAAUAGUAGCAAUCCAAUGAACCAGAGAGGUGAAGCAAACAAACAUUAAGGAAAUGGCAGCAGAAAGAAGAAUAAAAAGCUGAUAAGUAAAUGUAUCAAGACAUGCUAAAAAAUUUUAAUGAACUUGUCAAACUUGAAAAUUUCAUUACAUUAAUUGUCUUUCAGAUUUGAAGUUAAUAAUACCUUAAUGAAGUCUAACUUCUAUUUAAAAAUCUAUUUGGAAUGAAUCAGAUGUAGUUGAAAGUGAGUCAAACGUAAAGUUGACUAUUCUAGGGCAACUAGGAAUUCCCAGGUAGUCAAAGGUAACAAGUUUAAAUUAAAUUUUUCAUAACAGCUGAAAUAUUGCUGAAACUCAUUCUGCAGUGCAGGGGAAUGCAAAUAUGAAAUUCUUCUAGAAGAUAAGUUUCAUUUAGGUCUGCCUUAGUAAGUAUAAUUCCAAAUAAUGAAUCUUAAGUGACUGUAACCCAAUUGUGGCUACAGUCUAGUAACCAAAACAAGUUUUGAUUGUGAUAUAAGAAUGUUUUCCUUACAAAACUGGAUAAUACCUAGGGAACAAAGGAAAGAAGGAUGAACCCAAUAUUCAUGUAAAAAUUUAAUAUUUAAAAUACUACCAUAUUUAUAAAUUUGAAAUCUUAGUGCCUAAGUAUUUGGAGGGAAGUGCAUCUGAUUCUCCUAAAUUAGUGAUAAAAGUGCCAGUGUAAAAACCAUGCAAGUUACUGAAUAUAAAACCUGUUCAAAUCAUUUGUGUAUAUUAUUUAAAUUUUAAUUACACUAUCAAUUAUUAAAUAUUUCCAGUUUUAAAGUAUUUUAAUUGAAUCAAAAAACAAAACAUUUCCUUUACCUGGAUCUUUUAGACUUGAUGCAUAACUAAAAUAAUGACUAUUGUUUUAAUACCCUUAGUUUGCUGCCUUUUUGAGGGUAUCACGAAGUUCUAAAAUGUAUUUUUUUUAAGGUUAAUCUUUUACUAGUUUAGUUUGCAAUUGGUUAGUGUAUAUUUUGUGUAGUUAUGUUCAUUAGUUUGCUUCUGAAUUUUUUUAAAAGAGCUCUUGAAAGCUUGGCUUUUUCUGUUUCUCAUCACUUAAUAUCUUUGUAUGGAACCCAAGUAAUUUAUUCAGUAAUAUGAAAUGUUGGUAUUAUGUGACUCAGAAGAUCUUGGGUUUUAACAUUUCUAGCAUGAGUUAAACUAUAAUAUAAUGUACUGAUGAAAUUUAAUUGAACUACCCUUGACUAGAAACACUAAUGUUUUAAAUGUUGGUGUUUUUCUUAGUUUUAGAAAUCCUGGUAUUAAAAAAAAAAAAAGAGUGUAAUCACACCACAUAAAUUUUCUUUAGAUGAUGUGCGGAAGAAACUGAUUGAGAAUGCAGGAGUAACUGUAGGGAGAAACAUUUUGAUCACUGAAAUGCCUUAAAACUACCCAAAUGAAUUACAUUGAGGGUAGUCAAAUAAAAUAGAUCAUCCCACCACAGUCACUGCAUAGAAAGUGGUUAAGUUUGAUAUAAGACAUGUUGGAUGUUAUGGAAACAAAUAUUGUACUGAAUUUAGUCUCAAGAAAAGUAAAUAAAUUGCUUUGUUGAAAAUAGUUUUUUUUAUGAGUUUGUAUUAGUUUCUAACAUUGAGUCACUCGUCAGAAAGCCAAUUAAAUUUCAUUUAACUGAUAAGAACUAGUGCUAAGUUUUAAACUUCAUUAUUAACACAUAAAUAAUGUUGGCAGAUAAUAAACCAACACCAUUCAGAUUUCCUUGGAUUUAACCUGACCUCCUUCAAAUAUGAAUUUUUUGUUCUGCCUUUGUGCUAAUCCAGGAGAACCAUAGUAAAACUUCUAGGGAAACUUUUAUAUACAGUGGUCAGAAAUGAAACCCUAUUAACAAAAAACAAAAAUUAUUUCAAAUUUUGUUAAUCAAGUCACACUACAGAUAACUCUCAAAUUAGUUGGUUGUCCCUUUCUAUUGAAUACCCUCUAAUGGAUGGUUCUUAUGUAACUUCUGAAUUACAACUUAUGAAAAUGUUAUAAAGUUAUGAUAAGAUUUACAGUCUCAUCAAACUGAUGGUUCCAUCAUUUCUAAUCCAAAAGAAUUUGGAAUACAGUUUUUUUUUUUUUUAAUAGAAAAGCAGUUUUUUGUAAAGGUGGUUGAAAAUUAGAUACCUUGAAUUAUAUCAAUGUCUUUCCCACUUGAAUAGUCUGGUACUGUAAGGUUUUAGAAGGUUGGGGGAAUUAAUGACUGAAAUUCCAAAUUUGGCCUAAAAUGUCCAUCAUAUCGUAGAAAACAUAGUUGUUUAAAAUUUGCCUUUUCCAAUAUUGAAUAUUUUAGACAUAAAAGGUUUAUUAGCACCUGAGUUACGUGGAUAACCUUACUCAAAGCCUAAUAAGUUGAUCCUUUUCUUCUGUUUAAACAUUAGUUCAGGUGUACAUUUAACUGUGACCUAGAUAAUAGUGUCCUGGAAAAAUGAAUUGACUACUCUUAAAACGGAUUGAAACUACUACCCUUCAGGGGUCUAUGGAUAUAACCUGACUCUGCUUCAGAGACCAAAAUCUAGGUGAAAACAAACCAAAAAUCCAAAAUAAGGGUUAUUAAAACAGGCUCUCUCACAUGCCAACUGUAGCCACAGCCACAUAUAAAACUAAAAUGCCAGCAGGACUCAAGAGACUUCAAAGCCAACCUACUGUCUAAAAAAGAAGGUAAUCUUUCUGAUCUCCUAAUAUCCAACCUCACAGAAAGGAAAACUGAGGCAGAGAACUUAUGGAUUCCAGGAAGAGGGUCUAAAAAAUAGCAGAAGAGAUUAUUGGACUAAUCAAAACAUAAGUAAAAUUCAAACACAUUCCUAAGGGACUAUCCACACAGAACUCACUUCCAGCUGGAAGGAAUCAGAAUAAAUCAAGAUACUGAUUUAAAUAGUUUUAUUUUUUUAAAAAGGUGGUUAUUUUUUAAAAAAAUUUUACAAUGACAUGGCUAUAGGAGUGUAUAGAGGUGACGCAUCAUUUCCUUAACCAUGUUUUUUACCUCCUGUGGAACCGUAACAAUUGUUUUGUUAAUCUCAUAGUUAAUGGUAUAAAACAGAGGUCAGCAGACAUUUUCUCUGAAGGGCCAGGUAGUAAGUAUUCUACGCUUUAUAGGUCACGUAAGGUCUCUGUCACAUGUUCAUUCUUUUACAACCCUUUAAAAAUGUACAAUCCAUUGUUAGCUUGAACCAUACAAAAACAAAUGACCAAAUUUGGCAUUAGUUUGCCCACCCCUGGUAUAAUGUAUCUACUUUCUGUCUUGACAGAGAAAUCGCUCUCUUGAGGCUUCUUGACAGUCUGCUUCCUGAAGUAGAGAAAGAGCUGCUUAGAACCAAAUGUGGUUUGUGACAAAAGCAGAAAUGGAGGAGAGUUCCUACUCACUUUCAACUCUCCCAAGCAGUUUUUCCAUUCACUCCCUCAUUCAAUAAAUUUGUUGAGCACCUACUAUGUACACUGUUAAAUAUCUUUGUGUUAGCAGAGAUUUUCAGUGUUUUUCCUUAAAAGGGUUUUUUCUAAACCUGUAAUUAUCAGGUCCUUGUAUGUUUUAGGGUAGAUCAGGGUUAAAAUCUCUACUAGCACUCAAGAGGAUUCAUGAUUAUAAAAAAAGAAUCUAGCUAAUGAUGAUUCCCUGUACUCAAUACUGACACAUCCUUCUUAAAAUCACAGCCUAAAUGAGGAAAAAUAUAUAACUAUCUCUUUACUAAAAGAAACUUUGUUUCCUAUCAUAGGCUGAAACUUAAAAAAAGAAAAUCUCAAAUGCAGAACAUCCACCAAAUAACCUUUUCUUAUUUUCCUAUUUUGUCGCCAUGUAACAUAAAAGUCUAGAUCCAGGUAGGGCUCUUCAUUAGCUUCCUAUUU